AUUGAAUUCCAUGUUGUUCGAGUGAGCCACAAAACAGUUGUUUCACAAUGCUCCAGUCCAGUAUAGACUACUCAGGAUGGGUUUACACAUAAAAGUAAAUGUACAGUUGAAGCUCAAAAUCGUAAACACCAGUCUAUAGUCGACCUUUUUUUCUUGUGGCUGCUGUCAGUAGGAAUUGGAGAAGACGGGAAGGCGGGACAGUCAUGGUCAAUAGUAUUGGAGGCGCCAGUCUGAUUACCUAACCUGCCACCUCCCAAUGGGCCCUGCCUACCUUAGCACCUCCACAGAUUAGUAGUUGGUGAUUCAAUCACACUCAAAUACAGCAACCUUGAGGGCGUUAUCGGACUUCGCAUUGUGUUAUUCUGGCUACUCGCUUUGAUAAUUCUUGCCUCAUAAAUUUUGUCUCCUUUUGUGCCUGCUGUGGCGUCUGCGCUCAUAUCAAAGCGUCCUUCGUGUCCGCGAACACCCCCUCCAUCACCCCGUCCAUGACUGGGUAAGCGAGCCCCGGCCUUGAGCGACCAAGAGCGAGCGAGUCUGGCAGCCAUUCGUAUACCUACUACAGGAAUCGAUACAAGUACGAAACGAGCCGAGCUGGUGCAGGCUGGUACUCGUGCCAGUGCCAAACACUCAGUCGUGAUAUCGACGAUAUGUUCUGACCCGCACACAGAACGUUUUAGAGCCCGACCGAACCAAGUUUACCCCUCUGAGCUUCGAAGAGACAAGCCAGUCUUUUGCAAAUCACGGUUUUGGUUUUCUUUACGACUUGUAUAACUAGUAUUGCAGUAUUGAAUUUGUUUGCUGCCAACGAAUUGUACAAGCUCCGACCCCUCGUUUGGCAGCACUUGCCCUUCGACUGUCGUGUCUGUCGUCGUUUAGAACAGAGCCUAUACAAUGUUCGAUGGGUCAUAAUCUCAACAUGUCGCCAGAUACUGUAUCGUCGCUGUUCCCAGACCGACCGAUUCGGCCGUUACCGAAACGUCGACUGCGCGAGAAGCUCUCACCGAGGACCGUAGAUACAAUAGCGUAUCCUCCUUCAACUCACGAAACUACGCCUCUCUUUUAUUACCCACCAUACAACUUCAGGGAAGACACGAGCCCGCCAAGGGCAUGUUCUACAAGCCCAUCUCAACAAACUCGUCGAGCGGAGGAGGGGUGCAACUAUACCCCUCGACGAAAUGGGCUGGGGCUGCCAGAUGGCGACGAUGAAGAGCCGGCUUUGCGAAGCACUCUUGUUACUAGAUCACCCCCGGAGAUCUUGACUCGUGGUACUCAGCGAUCCUCGAAGCCAGAUAUCCCUAAUCCGCAACCGCCGCUUUCUGCAACGUCCUCGGUGGAUGGUUAUGAUGUAUUUGAGAACACGAACAACAAGAAGAAGCGCAAAAUUCCCUCUGCAGGGGAGCUUUCUGUUAAUGGUACUCAGGGCUUGAAUAAUGAGAUUGCCAUUUCAGCUGGUGCAGGACGUUCUCCUACCGAUGAAUCACACAACGACCGGGCGCACUCCCAUUCAGUCUCACAUCCAACGACGGGUACUUUUUCAUCCAACAAUCAGGGAAUAUCAGGACCUGGACGGGGCAGGCUUGGGCGCUCAAGGAACGGCAGAAGCCCGCUGCGAGCAUUGUCUGAUGGCAACAGUAAUGCGUGGGUUGGGCGAGGCUCAAAAGCCACGGCAUCUCAGUGGGCUCCGGGCGAGCAAGAGGGCAGUGGUAUAAUAUCAAAUGCUAUCGCAAACGCCGAGAAACUUCGACCUCAGGGACAGGAGAACGUGAGUCUGCUUCAGCAACACUCUACCGCAACAAAAUCGACUCCAGCAUCGACCCAGUUUACUUUCACCUGUGAUUCCCAAGUUCCUGGCACGAUUCAGUGGCCCGGUCACGCGAGCAAGCACAGCAUGUCGACUCAGGCUGGCCCUGGCUCCUUACCACCUGGCAGUGUUGCUCCUCACGAUGGGUCUUCCGUGGCAGCUAGUCGAGGCUCCGGAAGUUCUCGUCAAGACAGCAAACGACGUCUAGACAGGUCACUCGAAAGGGCUGCGCGGCGUCGUCGUCAAGAGGCGCGACGGGAUUCCUCCAAAACAGCUGAUGAGUGGAUUUGCGAAUUCUGCGAAUACGAGAUGAUAUUUGGAGUACCACCCAGGGCAUUGAUCCGACAGUAUGAGAUGAAAGACCGCCGACGCCGACAGGAAGAAGCUGAUCGCAAACGACUUCUCGAAAAGGCCAAGGAGAAAAGUCGGAAGGGCAGAAAGGGCGGCAAGAAACCUGCGUCUCGGGGAGAGAAUGCUGCCGCUCAGAACCCGCCUCAGGAGCCAAGCACAUCUGUGGACAUGAACCACAACCAUUCAAAUCAGUCAGGAGAGGGCGAGAACCAUUUCCCGAAUUCCCCAGGAGAUCGCACUGGGCCAGACAUACCGACUGAGGUCCAGUCAUCAUAGUUUGCAAGCAUGAUUCGGUGGAAGGGGCUGCUCCCAGCAAUCGCGGUACUCCCUAUUUUAGCCUUGAUGAUCGGGGUACGUCGUCGACCAACAAAGCUAUGAAAGGGGAUGUAUACCUCGAAGAUAUCAGUGAACCAAGACACUCUGCGGUGUCCGGUAUCCGAAAAUGAGGUACUCUUGCUCUUGAAGAUGAAGAAAGGGACAGAGCCCUGCCUACGACGGAUUUCUUGCUUGUUGCUAUUGGGGGAAGUGUGGAUAACAAGAGACUGAGCCACUCGGUGGGGAGGCGGCUCAGUAACGACACGAAAGUGGCAUUUGGUUUAAGGAUAGGGGAUAGGAAUAGGUAGAAUGUUGUAGCUUGGGCCACCACAAACAGCAUUUGGGUUCAAUCAGCCAGACCAAAGUCACAUUGUAUGAUGACAGGGCUAUCCUAACUUGUUCAACAUUUUUUAACCACGCAUUGCUUUUCUGCCUCAACUUAUGAAUAUGCACAGACAACUGCUGCAAAAUUGCAUGAAAGCGACUUGGCUAUGAUUGAAACGUCCUAGUCAAGCUAUGACGUCAGAAAGCUGUUCAGUUCAGCUGGAGAUUUGAGGUGGGCUCUGAUCUAGGAUAUGCGGAAAUACGGGGCUUCAGCAUACAUGGUGAAGAAUCGAGGAAAUCAAGAGCGGUUGAAUUGUGUUGGCAGUAGUAUACUGUAAAGAAUGCUCUAUAAAAUUGAUUGAAUUCAUGCGCCCUGAGCAGUGUAUUUUCUUCUAUAACUAGAUGAUUUACGGUCUCGU